AUGCGUCCAUUCACCAACCCCACAGGUCGUGCUCUCCAAGCCGGCCUUCACCAUCCUCAUCAUUUGCGAAGACAUCCUCUGGUCGUGAAACGUUUCAUAGGCAUCCCCCCUGCGUUUCUACUGGACGACUACACGCCUCGACAUCAACUCCUUACCUCGGUGGACGCCUCGAAGAAGCGCUCACUGGCAUAUGCCCAUUUGCGGGAGUGUAAUUUAUGUCCUCGCAAAUGCGGGGUGAACAGAUAUGAAACGACGGGCAUGUGUAUGAUCGGAGCGACGACAGCCAAAGUCAACGUGAUUGCGCCUCAUCGAGGAGAAGAGCCCUGUAUUCAGGGCUACCACGGUAGCGGGUCGGUAUUUUUCUCCGGGUGUAAUCUUCGCUGCGUGUUUUGUCAGAAUCAUGACAUCGCCCACCAACGCAAUGGAACUGAUCUGACACCCGAAGAGCUUGCAGAGUGGUAUCUGAAGCUUCAAAAAGUGGGUAAUGUGCACAAUAUCAACCUCGUGACUCCCGAGCACGUUGUUCCUCAAGUCGUCUUGUCGAUCCUCGCAGCCCGAGAUAUGGGUCUACGCAUUCCAAUCAUCUACAAUACCUCGGCUUUUGACUCUCUCGACUCGCUCAAGCUACUCGAGGGACUUGUAGAUAUCUACCUACCCGAUUUCAAAGUCUGGCGGGACAGUACAUCGAAACGACUCCUCAAGGCGGACAAGUACACGGCCACAGCCAUGGAGAGUAUUCAAGAGAUGCAUCGCCAAGUCGGUGAUCUAAGCUUCACCUCGGAUGGGAUUGCGCAAAAGGGCGUGCUCCUUCGCCACCUUGUGAUGCCUGGCAUGGAAGGUGAAGGGAGGGAGAUUAUGCGUUGGCUUGCGGAAAACGUUUCGACGGAUCUGUACGUGCAUAUCAUGGAGCAAUAUCAUCCUGAUGCGCAUGUGGGCAAAAAGAAGAGAGUGACCCGAAAGUCCGUCUCGACGGGGCAGUCGAGGUCAAGAACUGAAAAUGAGGCACAUUCAGCGGAAGGGACUGGAGAAGUACGAUAUGCAGACAUCAAUCGUGCGGUACGUGACGAUGAGUUGAACUCUGUUCGCGAUGCUGCAGUCAAAGCGGGCCUCUGGCGUUUCUGCGAGGUCAAUGAGCAGAAUAGUGCUUUUCAUCUAUGA